GUCAUGGGGUAAUCUAGAAUGUGAUAAUUCACUGACAUCAAUUUCGUUUUGAUUAGGAUCAUCUGCAAUAAUGAGACAGUGCCCUGUAGGACGUAGACCGUUGGAGUUUUUGGUAGGAUUUUCAACGACCAUGGCGAACUCCUCAAAUCGUCCCAUUGCACGUCAUGACUGGCAUCCCCUUCACUGUCUGAGAGAGGAUUAUGAUGAGAAGAUCGGGUUGAUGAUCUUGAAUCAGCCACUGGAGCCUGUAACAGAUCAGCUCAAGAUUUUGUGGAGGAAUGCUGCCAUUCGGGGUGUGACAGACGGGGGCAUAAACGAGCUAUAUUCUGCCACUUGGAAUGAAAUCGAUGAGUAUUUACCCGACUUCAUCAGCGGCGAUUUUGAUUCAGCAAACCCAAAACUUCUUGAGUUGUACAGAGAAAAGGGUUGCCAAGUGACCAAAACUCCAUGUCAAGAUCAAACAGACUUCACCAAGGGGCUGAAAAUGAUGUUAGAGAAAAUUAAAGAGAAAAAUUUAAAGGUCUCGUGUAUUGUGGCCCUAGGAGGUAUCGGAGGACGAUUUGAUCACACAAUGGCUAAUACCAACACAAUGUUCGAGGCCAAACAACUGACUGACUUGCCCAUUUAUCUACAUUCCAUGGAAUCUUUGUCUUGUACAUUAUGGAAGGGUCUAAAUGUGAUUCAUCAUCAAUCUGGAUUCCAUGGUUCCUGGUGUGGCCUCUUACCUAUUGGUUGCUCUGAAGCCCUAGUAACGACCACUGGACUGAAAUAUAAUCUAGAAAAGGGAAGAUUAAAGUUCAAGGAGCUUGUCUCAACUUCGAAUCAAUGCUUAGCAGAAGCGAAACAUAUUACUGUGGAGACGGAUGAAGAAAUUGUGUGGACAAUGGCCAUUAGAUAACAUGGACUUCAAUGCACUAGGUUGAAUCCUUGAGGGAUCAUACUUUUAGUAUGUAUGCACGAUAGGGGAAAGGGGAGUCCACAAAUUGGGCCCAUUUUGUGUUGUGUAUAUAGUCUGUGUCUGCUCAUGGAGGGGUGUUGACACAAGAAAAAGUUUUAAAACAUGGUUUUUCAGGUUGCUGUGCCCCUUCAUCUGGUCCUUUAACAAACAUUCUUGACCAAUUGAUUAUUACCCAUAUCGGCUGAAAAAUGGUUUCUCUGUGCAUGAAACUGACGAAAAUUUUAGCUGAUGCAUACACAGUGCUUCAUAGCUCUUGCAGAUACAGUGCCAUGUGCAUACACUUCGAAUAAAAAUUUUCUACUCCAGUGACAAUCUCCAUGUGUGCGUACACAGAGGGAGUGUACUGCUAAGUAUAUAAGGGGGGUGGUCCCGAAAAAUGGAAAUUUGUGCGUACAUACUUAAAGUAUGACCCCUAAAUGCAAUAUGAGAGAUUUGGAAGAUAGAAUGGAUGCGGUAAACUGUGCUGGUUAUACGUCUAGCAGGCCCAAGUGGCUUUAAAGGGGGACUAUAGGGAAGAACUAGGGGUCUAAUUGGUGGUCUCCAGGUGACUGAUUUGUAUUGUUGCAUUUGGAAGCCUUUACUUUGAAAAAACAUGAGAAGAGCUUAGAAGAGAGGCCCGUAACCAUUUUACACAAUUUUGGUUGAAUAAAACCUGAUUGUUUGCCAGUUUAAAUACAGAAGAGCAAACCAGCAUGAUUUUGUGUAUGAAAAUCGAAGUAAUUGUAAUGUUUUUUCCAAUAAAUUCAGGACAACAUUUUGUAAAAAAGGCACAAAUUUACAUAAAGAAUUCUGCUUCUAAGCUCUUCAUUGCAUCAAAUGACACUUAUGCAACUGAGACCUAAGGAACAAAGCCACAGACUGGAUAAGGUUCCACAUUUGUUACACGAUGACUUACAUGUACAUCAUGUAAGUUAUUUCAAAAAUUUCAUUGGAAUUAGACUCUCAUGGUCAGUUUUAUUGUUUUGGCCAGUAUAUAUUAGGCUGUGAGAACCACAAAGACAACAUUUCCCCAUAAAAAACCUGAGUAUAUCUAUAGUAUUGAAUGUAAAUGUAUAGGACCUUGUUGUACAUGUAGCUGUUCCUUCAGAUCACAGUGUUGUACUUAUUACAUGUAUGUUAUAUUGUAGUUAGGAUAAUAUCCUAACUACAAAUAAAUGUAUGAUUGAUGUACAUCCUAUUAUACAAAGUUAGCUCUGUUGGCCCAACAGGUAGGCUGAGUUCAAAUUAAAAGUUGGUUAUCGUUCUCUUAAAAGCAAACUUAUCCCACUGCCACUGGCUGUUUGAGAAUUCAAAAGACAAAUUUGGGGUGUAUGAGAGCCUGGUCUGGCAGAACAGAGACUGUUUUCUAGGCGCUUUAUCCAUAAUAAGGGUGGUUGACCAAGUGUUUCAAUCACAACAAUGAGUUCUUAAAGCAUUAUCAGACUAUCCUUCAAAAUAAUCUAGAGAUACAGAGGGUGGCCUUUAUUGUACAGCAGGGAAAGUUUGGCACCUGAACUCUUAACAGGCACUUGCCUAGAAAUUGUUUCAUCAGGAGAGUCUCAGUUAUUUUAGCUGAACCAAGGAGGACAGAGCUGGAUUUGUAGUAACGUUAGAGUAGGGUGUGUGUGUGUUAUAAUGCCGAUAAUUUUUUUGUGUGAAUGAGAAAUGAUUGGUGUAGACGUGUAGUGGGGUUAUGAAAAUGUCUCGAUACUACGGCAUGAGAGAGAGCAAACUAUUGGAAAAUCUUGUCAAAAGAUUGCCUAAUGCUGUUCACAUUAUUACUCAGAAAGAAGUGAUAAAAGUUGGCUUCUGGUAUCAAGGUCAGUGAGAAUAGCCUUGCAAAAGAGAAGUUUUAGUCUGAGAAAAUGAUAAAUGUUAGAGCAGAGAAAGUGUAUACUUCUAAAUGUUUAGCUUACUGGGUAUACUAUAUAUAUUGUGAAUGAAACAUGUCAGUCAUAUAAUGAA